AUGGCUGCCCUACGAACAACCCUCCAACGGCUCCGCCCGGGGUCGUCACCGCUACCCCAAUCAUUCGCAAACCGCGCAUAUCAACCCGCGCUCCGCCCAUUCAUAACAACCCCCCGAACCCUCAACAGCAACACCGAAGACGACAUCCCCAACAUCAACAUCACAAACUACUACACUCUCUUCCCCUCAACCCUCCCCAAUGGCCCCCCUCCAGCUACCAAGUUCGAUAUUCCCCUCCGCACCCUCCGUGCCGAAUUUCUCUCUCUCCAAAACCGCACUCACCCGGACAAAUUCCCUCCCGGCGCACCCAAACAAAAAGCCGAAGCGCUCUCCGCACUACUUAACGAAGCCUAUCGCACACUCUCCGACCCGCUCACACGCGCACAGUACCUCCUCCGCAUCCAGCACGGCAUCGACGUGACAGCCGAAGAAUCCGCGGCAACAGAUAAACAAGCGCUCGAUCCCGAGACGUUGAUGGCUGUUAUGGAGGUUCAGGAGAAAAUUGAGGAACUUGCGGAGGAAGAGGGCUCGGGCGAAGAGGCGCAGAAGGUUAUUGAGGAUAUGAAGGGGGAGAAUAGGGAGAGGGUUGAGGAGGGGGUUAAGGUGCUUGGGGAGAUGGUUGAGAAGGGGGAUGUGGAGGGAAUGAGGAGGGAGUGUGUGCGGUUGAGGUUUUGGUAUAGUGUUGGGGAAGGGUUAAAGGAGUGGACACCGGGUGUUAGGGAGAUUCGGUUAGUUCAUUGA